AUGACAGCACAUUGCAAUCGACAUCAUGAUGUCAACUGCAGGCCCAUCCCCCAAGAAUUUGCUGACAAAAGCUACAUCCAUCUUCCUACAAAUGAGGAGAACACUACCAUGAGAAAUGUCCAUGAAAGAUUCACCACCAAAGUUAAUGUCAGUGAAUCCACUGCAAAAUUAACAGCUAAUCUUUCCUUCUUGGAGACUUUCUACAGUUCAGUGGUGACCCCUAGGAUAUUGGCUGACUGCUUAUCAGAGGAUGGAAGCAUUUCCUUUGCUGGCUGUGUCUCACAGUUAUUCCUUUAUACUAGUCUGGCUGGCACUGAAUGCUUUCUUCUUGCAAUCAUGGCAUUUGACCGUUACCUGGCCAUCUGCAAACCACUUCACUACACCAUCAUAAUGAACUUAAGAGUUUGCCUUCAGCUAGCAAUUGUAUCCUGGUGCUCUGGUAUUUUGAUAUCUGCACUUUCAGUGGGGACUGUUUCCAACUUAUACUUCCGUGGCCCCAAUCAAAUGGAUCAAUUUGUUUGUGACAUGGAAGAGCUGAUGAAACUGAGCUGCAAGAAGAGCGCAUGGGCAAAAAUGACUGUCUUCCUUGCCUGUUCCAUUGCAACACUGGUUCCUUUUGUAUUCAUCAUUAUCUCCUAUGGAUGUAUCCUCUCAGCCAUCUUGAAAAUUGCCUCUUCUACUGGAAGACAGAAAGCAUUUUCAACAUGCGCCUCCCACCUUACAGUGGUGAGCCUCUAUUAUGGGACCAUCAUUAUCUUGUACGUAAUCCCUAAAACAGGUCAGCCUCCAGAAUUCCAUAAAGGGCUCUCUCUUGUGUAUACUGUUGUCACACCAAUGCUGAACCCCAUUGUGUACAGUCUCAGGAACAAGGAAGUAAAGGGGGCCUUUACCAAACUGAUUUACUCAUCAUUGAAGAAUAGGAUAGGUUGA